AUGAACGGAAAGGUAAAGCAAUUGAGAGAGGACAAGCCAGAUGGUCAAGCACAGGCUGUCACAACCCAAAACCGUUAUGCAUUGCUACAAGACGAAGGAGAUCAAAUUUCAGGCCUUGGUUGUCCCGAUUACUGUGACCUCCUCGAUGGCUCUCUUGUCUUGGAAGACUUGUACAUUUGUGAUGAUGCUUACCCUUAUAAUCCACCAUGUUGCAGUACGAUCAUGAUGAGUAAAUCCAUCAAGCGUCUUGUGGUUUUUACCCAUCUUCCUGAUUCUCAAGAGUAUCACGACGCUAUGCUUUUCAGUGUACCAAGUCUUGGCUACCUUGACGACUCUACUUUUGUCUUUGAAAACCAUGAGUGUGUUGCUUUGGAUUUGCUCGUCGAAGCCAGGCUCAAUCUCAAGUUAUGGGAGGAGUCAACUAGCCAUUAUGAUUAUUCUGAUGAUGAUGAUGAUGAUUAUAUUUAUGAUGAUCAACCAAAGAUGCCUAUCUUUGGUGAUGUUACAAACAAAACGUUGCACUUCUGUUGUAAAUCCAUGCUGGUGUUCAACAACCUCCUCAAUUUGUCUAUUGAGAGUGACAAAGAAAAAGGUUGGCAAGUAAUGCCAGUUUUGCUCAAAAGUUGUCCACGUCUACACACUUUAGUUAUCAAGGGACUUGUGCACAGAGUUACAAAUAAGUGUGGAGAUGCAUGCGCUUGCAUUCCGGUAAAGCAUAAAGAGGAGGAGGAAGAGGUAUGUUGUCUAUUGACAUGUCAAGUGAAGGUGCUUGAGCUUCUUCAGAAGAGGUGA